UGUAUGUCCGUAGCAACGGAACCAACAGUUUACAAAGUACAGCGCAGUAUGGUUAUACGCUAUAAAUGUUUAUUUUCUACUGGUCGUAGUAAUUUCGUAAUCUUUUCUUUUGUCAAUGAUCAAUUAAUAUUAGUGUAAAACAGUUAAAAUAUGUUACGUAACAAAGAACUACAAAAUAAAUUGUCUGAGGCUCAAGAACAAAUAGCCGGUUUGAUGAAUGAAAUUCGACGUUUGAAAAUGAUGGAGAGACGGCAAGAGAACGCACUAUCUAAAUACGAGGGUACUCAUGCUCAACUGCCGCAGGUUAUUAAAUCGUACAGCGAAGAUAUUCGCUCGCUUCAGACUAGACUAAAAUACAUGAAAAACUCAAACAGAGACUUGGAGAACAGGAACCGCUUGAUAAGUACUGAGCUAUUUGAUGUUCAAAAACAACAUAAACACUUGUUGGAUUUGACCAAAAACAAACAGCUCGGCGAAAGAGAGAAAUUGUCAAAUCAGCUCGAAGAAGCGGAAAACAUAAUUAAACAGCAGGAGACAAAAUAUCAGAAUAUUAUAAAUAAACUUGAACUUCUAAAUAAGAAUCUCCGAAAAAAAAUAAAUGUAGAGAUAAGCAAAAGUAAGACUCUUCAGACGGAAUUAAACCAUUUAAAGGAAACAAACGACCAACUAGUAUCGAAAAAUGAAAAACUCAAAUACCAAAAAUAUGGUGGCAGACGAAGCUACGUAUUUGGAGUAAACCAACGUAUAGCUCCCCAAGCCAGGUCUAAGAUAAUUUCUAAGAACUCAUUAUUGGUUGACGUUGUCGGUGUCGUCGUUGAUCGAAAGCCAUCAACGGGAAUCUACGUGAAAACGGUAAAACCUGAAUUGGUUCACGGCGAAUCCGAGAUCAGUGAUCACACCAAAGAUCUACAAAAGAAUCUAAUGAGGCAAGUACAUGAGGACGUGAUCAAUAAACCGAACAUGUUGGUAAAUGAUAAAAUGGAAUCAUCCAAUUCAAUCGGUGUUUCGUCAGAUUUGAAUUCUGGAAUAGCGGAACUGAUGAAGAAAAAAGACUUAUCUGACGAAUGUAAUGAAAGUAUAAUGCAGCAGAUUGAACCUAAUGUGACUGAUAAUCCUUUUUCUUUGUCCAACAUUUGUGGAAUAAAUUCGAACAGAGAACAUCAAUCAGCGAAGAACUUGAAAAUUAAUGAUGAAGAAUUAAAUAAUCAUGGAGAAAUUUACUCGCAGAAAGACGACAAUUCCUCCUCCUCAGAUGAUGAUAUGAGCAGUACAUCAUUUGUUAGUGAUACUGAUGAAUAGAUGUAUCUACGUUUUUUUUAA